AUGUGGCAGGGAGAACAUUUCUCCCGCUCGAGGAGGUCUGAGCGCUUGAUGAGUAACUUUCGUGAAGUCCUUUCACACUGUGACCUGCAUGACCUCGGCUUUGUGGGCACCCCAUGGACAUACGACAAUCAUAGGAAGGGAGAUAGUAAUGUGCGUGUUCGUCUUGACCGGGCUGUGGCAUCGCCGGCGUGGAACACCUUAUUCCCAGGGAUGCGAGUGCAGCAUAUACAGUCGUCUCGCUCUGAUCACACACCCCUGUUGCUUGCUGCUGAUCAUGAUAGUCCCGUGCGUGAGAGAAGGCCUAUUCGGCGGUAUGAGGUAGCCUGGGAAAGAGAACCAUCGCUUGCUGCGGCAAUUGAGGAAGCUUGGAGUAGGCGUGUGGCGUCUUCAAUGUGGCCUAGGCAAAGUCCAAUUCAGGGCCAACAUGAUGGAUCAACCGCAUGUGGGGUGGAACAAGAGCAUAGACCAAGUCUGGGGGCCAUUAGUGGAGCGUUUGGCUCCAUGAUGGGUUCACUGUACAGCUGGAAGUCAAAAAAAUUUCCGUCGAUUCCGCGGGAACUGGAGAAGCUAAGGAAAGAACUACAGACUUUGGCUGAUUUGACUGAUGAAACAAGCAUCAGGCUGAAAAAGAAGUUGACUGAAGAGAUGGAUGAAAUGCUGUACAGAGAAGAACUAUCAUGGCUGCAGCGGUCUCGAGUUGAUUGGCUCCGUGCCGGGGAUCGCAAUACGAAGUACUUUCACCGUAGAGCGUCGCGUAGACAACAAAAAAAUAAAAUUCGUAAUCUGAAACGGCCAGAUGGGACAGUAACAACUGACUGUGAGGAGAUGGAGCAACUAGCUACAGGUUUUUUCCAGAACCUAUUCACAAAAGAUGCAAGUGUGACAGCAUCCGUUAUCAUUGAUCUUCUCCAAGCAAAAGUUGAUGAUCAAAUGAAUGAAAGUCUUACGGCACCCUUCUCAGAAAAGGAGAUUGGAGAUGCUUUGUUUCAAAUUGGACCAUUAAAAGCUCCCGGCCCGGAUGGUUACCCAGCUAGAUUUCUUCAAAGGAAUUGGGGUACACUAAAAAAUGAUGUAGUGUCUGCAGUACAACGCUUUUUCGAUGAAGGAAUAAUGCCAGAUGAGGUAAAUGAUACAUCUAUAGUGCUCAUUCCAAAGAAAAAUAAUCCAGAGGAACUGAAGGAUUAUAGGCCAAUAAGCCUGUGCAAUGUUCUGUUCAAAAUUGUUUCCAAGUGUUUGGUUAAUCGCUUGCGUCCUCUGCUACAGGAUAUUAUUGGACCUUAUCAGAGUGCUUUUAUUCCUGGAAGAUUAAUUACUGAUAAUGCACUCAUUGCUUUCGAGUGUAUUCAUUCUAUACAGACAGGUUCUCGAGGAGAUUUUUGCGCUUAUAAAUUGGACAUGGCCAAGGCUUAUGACCGUGUUGACUGGAGGUUUCUUGAGGGAGUUUUAGCGAAAUUGGGCUUUCAUAGCAAAUGGAUACGGUGGGUGAUGACGUGUGUGACCACCGUACGCUACUCGGUUCGCUUCAAUGGUCAUUUGUUGGACUCCUUCUCUCCAUCACGUGGGCUGCGCCAAGGUGAUCCACUUUCACCCUAUUUAUUUCUCUUCGUUGCGGAUGGCCUAUCUACUCUAAUAAGACAGGAAAUCGAAAGUGCUUCCCUACGGGAGGUUCACAUUUGCCGUAGAGGCCCUGGUAUUUCACAUCUCCUCUUUGCAGAUGACUGUCUUCUAUUUUUUGAGGGCAAUGUGCAGCAAACUUUGGUGAUUAAAUCUAUUCUUGAUAAGUAUGAGAAAGGGACUGGUCAGCUUGUUAGUCUGGGCAAGUGCUCCAUCCUCUUUGGUGAUAAAAGUUCUGCAGAUACACAACACUCCAUGCAAGAAAUUCUGAAGUAUGAAACACAGUGCUUUGAGGAGAAGUAUCUCGGACUGCCGGUCCCUGAAGGCAAAAUGAAGAAUGGUAAAUUUCAACCGAUCAAGGAGAAAUUUGUGAAACGUGCUAGUGAUUGGAUUGAAAAAUAUAUGUCCAGUGGCGCUAAAGAAAUUUUGGUAAAGGCAAUUCUCCAAUCACUUCCCACAUAUGCUAUGGGGGUGUUCAGAUUUCCUAGUGGCCUCAUUGAGGAGCUCAAUCAAAUUGUCAGAAACUUCUGGUGGGGCGACGAGCAUAAUAGGAGGCGUUUACAUUGGAUGUCAUGGGAGAAAGUUACGCGACCUAAAGCACACGGAGGGAUGGGGUUCCGUGAUUUCCAUCUUUUUAAUCAGGCACUUCUAGCUCGCCAAGCGUGGAGACUCAUUGAAAAACCGGACAGUUUAUGUGCAAGAUUUCUUAAAGCCAGAUACUAUCCAAAUGGGAAUUUAUUAGACACCGCGUUUAUUCGUAACCCUUCACCGUCAUGGCAGGGUGUUGUACAUGGAUUAGAGCUUCUGAAAAAGGGUGCCAUCUGGAGGAUCGGUACAGGGUCCCAAGUCCGCAUCUGGAGGGACAAUUGGCUUCCGAGAGCUGACUCACUAAAAGUAUCGGGUAAGAAGAAGGAUAAUAGGCUGAGAUGGGUUUCAGACCUCAUAGACCCAGUGACAAGAACCUGGAGAGGAGAUGUAAUCCAAAAAUAUUUCUACCCACAUGACGCAGAAGCGAUUCUUGCAAUCAAGCUCACACAGCGGCCCACGGACGAUUUUAUUGCCUGGAAUAUGGAAAACAAUGGACUUUUUACAGUCAGAUCAGCAUAUCGAUUGGGUUUGCAGCCGUGUUUAAAUCACCUCGCAUCAGGCCAAUCUAGUUCUGAUCCUUUGGGUGAUCGCCCUGUUUGGGAUAGUAUUUGGAAAGCAAAUGUCCCGCAGAAAAUUCGUGUCUUUGGUUGGAGGGCUGCCACAAAUACGCUUGCAGUUUUAGAGAAUGUCCAUCGCAGAAUUAGCACAACUAGACCAACAUGCUCUAUUUGUGGAUCAGCGGAAGAAGACACGCAUCAUGCUCUGGUUGAGUGCACACUUGCUAAGGCGUUACGACAUGGUAUGCGGAGUGUUUGGACUCUACCGCCGGAGUCCGACUCUGCAAAUCUGAACUAUCUGUCGUCGUUCAAGGAUGCCAAUGUGACCCUAGGUAGCUCCAAAGGAAAAGGCCUUCUGUACCCGAGCCAGAGUUUGGUGAGUUCUCAUGUUGAUGUUUCUAAAUGGUUACCUCCGCCGGCGGGUGCUGUUUCGGUAUGCGUCGAUGCGGGCUGGGAUGCUGUGUCCAAGAGAGCAGGUUCUGGAGCGGUCAUCCGCGAUGACCAAGGAUCUAUCAUACGGUCAAGCUGGAAGUUUCAUCCUUAUUGUGAAAGUGCCGAGGAGGCUGAAGCUAAGGCGUGUUUGGAAGGGCUGCAUCAACUCCUUCAUAUAAAUCGCCUUCCAGGAAUCCUGGAGACAGACUGCCAAAGAGUUGUUCAGACCGUCGUCUCGGAGAACUUUGAUCGCUCACCAUCAUGGAGUAUUUAUUUAGAGAUUAAGGAUCUGCUGCGGACAAACCCGAUGCUAGAGAUUAGGAAGAUCAGUAGAAGUAGUAACCAUGUUGCGCAUGGUCUUGCUAAGUUAGGCAAAUCUGGUGAUGUUGGUAUCUUAUGUGGUGCAAUCCCGAUCUGCGUAUCGGCGGCUAUUGCACAGAACUAUAUUUUGUAA